ACUCUGAUGUGGUGUCUGAGGAGGUUGCUGAGUGCUGUGAGAAGUCUGGAGAGGAACGUCUGGAGUGUAUGGAGAGCCUCAGGCCUAGGUCUGCUCCUUGUCAUGGAAGAGAAUGCUACCAGAAGGACAACAGUUACAACAAAUGGCUGGCAACUGUACUGGGACGGGAUGAAGACAGCAGUGAGUCUUCUGAAGAGUAUUCUGAUGAAUCUUCUGAGGAAUGGUCUAAGGAAUGGUCUAGGGAAUCGUCUGAGGAGUCUUCUGAGGAAUCUUCUGAGGAAUAUGGACGUCAUCAUCAUCGCGGUUCUCAUGGACACCGUAGGCACGGUGGCCCACACAAGAAACAUGGACAUCAUGGGAAACCUGGCUACCAUGGUAAAGAUGACAACGACCAUGAUGACAUUUGGUCCGUGUACGGCCACGGCCCGUCCAACCCACUGGAGUCGGCGUACUUCAUGGCGCCCCGUGGGACAGACGCUGUGGGCGUCAGAGUGGCCUGCGCCGUCCUACACAUCAACCUGAAACAACAGGAGCAGGAGGAGAACCAGGAGGAUAGCGACAUGAUGUUUGGUGGGAAGUGGGGAGACAAGUGGGGAAAGAUGUCCAUGAAGCGUGAGGGCUGGGGUAGGAAAGCCCUGCCCAGCUGGAAGCCAGACAAGCAGCGCCUCGCCAAGCAGCGCGUGUCGGACCUGCAGAAGUGCUGCUCUGCCACCGGAGACGAACAGGUGACUUGCUUUGACGAGAUGCGUCGGACGAACAUGGACCAGCAGUGCCACUUCUCCCUGCCCGGUGUGAGCUCCGUCCUGACGCCCUGCUGCCAGCUGUCCGGAGACGAGCGCCACUCCUGCAUGGACCAGACUCGCUACGGCUUCGACAUUCAGGUUCACAACAAGGACUACACCAAGAACACCAGCUUGGCGAUGGACAUCUGGCGCUUCAUGCAGCUAAACAUGAUGUCACAGCGCCCCCCAGCAUUUGAUGAGCAAACUGCAGGCAGCUAUUGCCAGAAAAUCAAACGUGACAGUGACUACCAUGUAGAGGAGUCCGAUGAGCAGCCUCUAGUGCGUCUGGACCCCAAAUCGAGCGUCAGCCUGCUGGCCUAUCAGCAGCAGCGAUGCUGCCACAUGGACGGCCAGGACGCUGUUGCGUGUCUGGCAGGCAUCCGGGAGAGCAGGCUGAACCAGCUGUGUGUGGAGCAUGAAAACGUGGAUAGGUUGAUGGAUACCCUACUGGACGUGACUGAGGGCAACUACCUCCACAAGUACGCCCAGGAGGCUGUUGAAUACAUCAAGACCAAGGUUCCCGUUCACCGCUGUUGCCGCAGCAACCGGGAGAACCGCAUGUCGUGCUUUGCGCAGGAGUGGCGCCCGUACAGCCCGGCCGUGGACACCCGCGACUUCAGCGCCGAUCUGGGCUUCUAUUCCAACCAGAUGAACGAGUUCGCGAAUGUUGCCUAUCGCUGGAUGAUGAAGUGUCCAAUGUUCAGGAAGAUGAUGAUGGAACCCGUGACUGAGAAGUACCCAGGAGUCCACAAGAAGUUCUAUCGUCAUGGUGACGUCAGCUCCAGGAAGUUUGUGGUACCUCGUGGUGAAGACACCGAGCGCGUGGAGGAGGUCUGCAAAAAGGUGUCGUGGCUGUCUGACAACCCCUCCCUGCCAAUGCCAUCCAACUACACGGUCAGCACGGAAGUAACUCAGCGCCGCGUGGAACAGCUUGGGGAGUGCUGCUCCUCCGAGGGAACGGACCGCGCCGAGUGCUUCGAUUCCCUCCGCCAGAACAGCGCGGACGAGUUUUGUGAGAACCAGCCUGAGCUCAACCGCCAUCUUAUCCCCGAGCAUCCGUGUUGCUCCGAGACUGGCAGCAACAGGCUGAUGUGCCUUGAUAUGGAGAAGUAUGGAUAUGACGCGGACCGCCACACCACGGAUUUCUCUGAGCAGCUGGACCAGUUUGCCUCCCAGAAAUAUGUAGUGAAGUCUCUCAUUGAUAUCACGAAGGCCGUAGGAAGCCGGAAGAACGCCAGUGAAACUAAGAUGUACUGUGCCUGGAAGGGGAAGAUGGCACAGAAAUCCCAGAACUGGGUCAAGUGGGGAAUCUACAGAGAGAUGAGUGAUAUCUAUGCCAGGAAGGGUGAGUGUUGCCAGCAGGCGACAGUCGGUGACCAGCAGCAGUGCCUGAGCGGCGUGUUCGAGACCCGCGUGGAUGACUUCUGCUCCUGGCUGGACAAGACCGCGGAACAGGCCACAAGUUACGUGGAGGGCGUUGCCCUGACUCAGCCGGAUCAUGUGUGCUGCGGGAUGGAGGGCCGUAGCCGGUACGACUGUUUCGGGCAGGUGACCAGUGGUGGGUACAGCCCGUAUGUUGACUCCCGUGACUUCACAGACAUCAUCCAAACCUACCAGGAGCAGUACAACAACUUCCUCAAGAUAAGGGAAGUCCAGAUUCCAGUGAGGCCACAACCUCAUACCCCAAAAAAUGAUGAGAAGAGGAAGCCCCAAUGGUGGGAAAAGCUGGUGGAUGUGCGCUCUCCCAAGUUUGUCGCUCCACGUGGGGAGGAUGAAGAUAUGGUUCAGGCUAUCUGUCAAAAGCUGGAGAAACCAUCAAGGCGGUCUGGCCCACCAUCAAAGGCACGUGGGUUCCUCAGCUCCCUGUUCGGACCUAGGGAAGACAUGAAGGAGAUUAUAGAGAAUCGUGUGGCAGACUUCCAGCAGUGCUGCAGCAUUGACACAGACGAUAUCGCUGCGUGCUUCGACGGCCUUCGUCAGGUCACAGUGGACCAACACUGCGACAUGGAACAGAACGCCCCACACCAGGAACUAGACCUCUCACACCCUUGCUGCGAGGUGACUCAUGGAAGACUGGAGUGCCUUGACCAGCAGAUGUAUGGGUACAACCCAGAGGUUCAUGUUGUCGACUUCUCCGACCAACUGCACGAGUUUCACUCGGCCAUGUACAAAAUGAAGUCCAUGGGCAACAAAUGGCUGACCCGUUUUGCCGAGCACAAGAGUGAAGAAAAAAUCUGUGAGUACAAGUCCAGAAUGGAUCAGCUGAAGGAUGAUUGGGUGAAGAAGAUGCCCAGAUGGGGACUCUGGCAGCAGAAGGACGAUAAGUGGGGUGAGAGUGUAGCGUGCUGCGGCCUGUCCACCUCCGAGGAGAGACAGGAGUGUCUGGACCGUCUCCGUACGGAGAGGAACGACGACUACUGUCAGCGCCAGCAGGACAGCAGCGGGGACCAGGAGGGGACCAAGAUCGACCGGAUCGUCAACAACCAGCCACAGCACCCCUGUUGUCAGGAAGAGGGAGACCAGCGCUCGGACUGUUUUGACCAGGAAGUGAACAAGUACACCCCAGACAAGCACGGCCAGGACUUCACGUCCACAAUUGAGCAGUACGAAACGGACUUCCAGACCUACCUGGACGAUAGCAACAUCAAGCUGCCUCCGUGGAUGGCAGGAAGAGAUGAAGACUCUGAGGAGGACAGCGGUGAACGCUGGGGGCGCCGCGGGCAUGGCGGGCCCAGAGCUCGCGGCCGCGGUUGGCACAGGAGGCACUAGGCAUAAACAGAUUUGCCAGAGGGAAUCGAAGACAUCAUAGUCUUAUAAAAUGCAUUUUCAAAUAUUCAAAUAUUAAUAACAAUGUAGAUAACUGUAGUUUAAAACACGUUAAAUUUGGCAUACCUUUAGUGACAAUACAUUAACUGCACCAGCAUGUGUUUGUAAAUUCUAAGGUUUACAAUUCUUUGUAUGUUUGUGCCGUUAGUACUUUUCUUGUUUCAUUUUCUGUAUUUCUGAUUUGUUUUGUACCUUUAGUUGUUGUAUGUGAUUAUAAUAAAUUCUUUUGCAU